AUGAAAAAAGGCGACACUACACCGAUGCCGAUUCCCGGAAAUUCUCGGUUUCUUGGGGCUCUAGCAGCCCAACUUCUUGGAAACUCUGGGAAUGGUGGUGCUAGAGGGACAUUACCAUGGUUAACGACUGGAGAUGAGAACGAUGCUUUUUACUCCGAUGACUACAAUGGGGAGCAAUAUGAUGGAAAUUGCAAACGUCUUGAUGAAAAGAUUGCCGCAAUUGACAACCAGUACAGUCAGACGCCAAGCACUGAGGGCCUGGGGAAAGUUAGGCGCUGCAGCUCCAAAUCCAAUCUGCCGACAGACCAAGCUCAAGCCCGGUUUGACCGACGACAGCACGAAAACGAAAAGACAAUUCGUGAAGCGUUUGAGAAUCGAAGUCUUCUCCACGUGCCAAUGCCACCGCGUUUUAAUUUCACGGGCGCAAUCAUGGAUAACAACGGGCACCAAGGCCUGAUGCACACCCUACUUCGUCAUAAUCCUGAAUGGGAAGCAGUGAUCCCGGAGUAUAGCGCUUACUACAAGCGGCUUAGCGAGAAGACGAAAAACUACAUCCGCGAAAUCUACCAACUACCCGGUUAUAAGAUGACGCAGGCGAGGGAGCUCACCGAUAUAUUCUCAGCCAACGUUCUGGCGUCGAUCAGUGAGAAUGAGGGGAAAAUACUCCAAAAGCAGCAAAGUCUCAUCUACGAUUAUUUGCGUAAAAACAUCACGGCUUCAAGCUACAGUGGCGAAGGUGCGAGUGAUACGGCUUUUAUCCGGAUCUACUUCAUGGUGCGCACGACUCGCGCAGGAAAUCGUCAAAGAAAUAUUGUGAUGAAGAAGGGCAAGGGGGAGCACAUUGCCAACUCAUAUUCCCGAUGGGGACUUUUUGGCGUUGUGGCGGAGAUCCGAUUUCAGCUGGUGCUUCUUAUCUUGGCAGGGCUCUACAAGACUACCGAGAGAACUAGAAACUCUAUUCGUGAGAUCUACCAACUACCCGGCAAUCGUAUGCACGAGGCCCAGACGCUCACCAAUCUCUUCACCACGAAUAUCCUCGAGAAAAUCAGCGAGGAAGAGGGCAAAAUCCUACAAGAGCUACAAUACGUGGUCUACCGAUUUUUGCGGGCGAACGUGACGGCUGCCAGCUACAGCGGAGAGGGAGCCAACGAUGGUGGCUUUAUUCAGACCGAAUCACCUCAAUCCGACGCUGUACCUGAGCAACUCGACCUGUCCAUCGUCGUGCUGCUCGUCGGGAUGUUCGCCGGCUGCCUCGUCAUGGUCACGCUGCUUAUCGUUUGUUGGAUGAAACUGCCGAUGAAGGACGAAUUCGAGCCGGCAUCGGAGAUGACGCCCAGCCCCUCGGAGAAGCGGAAGGAGAGGCCGGAUUUCGAC